AUGAAGAUGGCGUUGAAUGGGGAGGAAACGGAGCUUAGCGGAGGAAACACGAAGGUGUACGGGUAUUUAGUGAACAACGUCGGAGGCGACUCGUUGUUCCUGAAGGUCUUCUACCUGCACUCGUCGACGGGAAUCUGCUACUUCUCUCGGAGCUGGGUUGCCUCCUCGGCAGGAUUAUUACAGAGUGUGCGGGUGUUUCGAGACGGAUCCGACGAGGUGAGAAACUUGCGGCACUUUUACAUCAACAUGGUGAAGGUCGCCGAGGAGGACAGAAGCCUGCUAGCAACUUUAGAGGAGCCUGACAAUGAUCGCUGA